AUGGUUGAUUACUCCUCGUGGAAGGUGGCGGACUUGAAGACGGAGCUUAAAACCCGCGGCAUCCCUCAGACCGGCCUCCGUCUCAAACAGCACUUUGUGGACAAAUUGACCGAGAUUGACGCGACAAAACAACCAGAGGAAUCGGUAGCAGUUGUGCCGUCUGUGCCGGAACCCGAAUCCGUCGAGGCAUCUCAGCAACCCACCUCAGAAACCCUGCCCCCGGCGUCAGAGCCGCAACCCGAGCAACAACCCAAGGAAAAAGAACAGAAGGAGACACCUGCCGCCCCAGAAGAAGAGAAAGAGGUCCCGAAAGAUGUGGCGACACCUGAAAAAGCCCAAGUUCCUGAUCAGCCCGAAAGUGCUGGGGAACCUACAACAGAGCCGCCAGCACAACCCACUCCUUCCGAUCAUGCACCCCAGGAUGCAGCACCUCAAGUUGAGACUACAGCCCCUUCCGCGGAACCUGUUGCGCCGGCUCCCGGAGACACCAGCGCGCCUGGAAAGGCAGAUACCAUCCAACCAACAGAAAUACCGGUUCCCUCGGCCCCUCAGACCUCCGAGGCGAAUACCGAACUGUCAACACCCCUUCCCGCUGAAGAGGCUCUAGAGGACCGGCGUAAACGGAAGCGCCGCAGCCAGAGCCCGGUCCCGACCCCCGAAGCGAUUGCGAACAAGAAAGCUCGUGCGAAAGAUGAAAGCCCGCAAGUAGUGUUGAAGGACGAGGAACCACCCGAGGGUCACCUGGACGAACAACCAGCCGACACCCAAAAAGAACCACGCCCUGUGCCCGUCAAACAAGAUGCCCGUUUCCGCGAACUCUUUGCCGAGCCAGCGCCGCCCCGACCUGCUUCGCCGCCCAAAGACGUGGCCAUGCAAGACGUGGACGUUGAACCGGCAUUGCAUGCUGCUACGACUGCUCUCUAUAUCGAUGGACUGAUGCGUCCACUCCAGCCUGCUGCACUCCGCAACCACUUGAUCAGUGUCGCAUCGGCUCCAGGCGCUUCACCCAACCCCACCAUCAUUCAAGACUUUUAUCUUGAUCCCAUCAAAACACACUGUUUUGCCAGAUUCGCCGACAUUGCGGCAGCCUCACGGGCGCGGUCGGCCCUUCAUGGCACCGUGUGGCCGAAUGAACGCAACCGCAAGAAACUCGGGGCUGAUUUCAUCCCUGACCAGCAACUGCGGGAAUGGAUUCGCACAGAGGAGGCAUCUCGAGACCGUCCCGGGCCGGCACCGCGCUGGGAAGUCCGGUAUGAUUUCACUGAAGAUGGAACAACGGCCAGUCUGGUUGAAGCAGGGUCGAACUCUCGUCCUGCCCCUUCCCGACCACGAGAGCCCGAUUUCAAUAGGACUCCACCCUCCGGCCCGCGUGGCAGUGUUCACCCAGCAGACCGACGCGCGUCAAAUGCUCCUCCUCCGUCGCGCCCCGGACAGGGCUUCAAGCCUCUUGAUGAGCUGUUCGAGUCCACGACCACCAAGCCGAAGCUCUACUAUCUCCCUGUACCGCGUCGUGUCGCCGACAAGCGGCUGGAUCAAUUCGACGAGCUCCUGCGAAAGGGAACGUUUCCGCGUCGCGGUGGCGACGAUACGCGCCGAAUUACUUUUGAGGAUGAGGAUUACUUCGUGGAUGUUGGACCGGAGUAUGGACCGCGGGCUCUUCAGCGUCGUCAGGGACAAGGCCGAGGACGAGGCGGGCGGCCUGGGGCUUCGCGCCGCCCUUGA